AUGGUAGACAAUAUACCUGGAGGAAUAGUAGCGGCUGCAAAGAACCGUCUGCAGGUGUUGAGAGGCUUAGAGGAUGUGGAGGUGUCAGAGUGUGAGAGCUGCUCUUUUGAGGUGACCCUUAACUUGUCAUUCAUUGAGGGAGAGUGGACCAGAGAUGGGAUACGCCUCAAGUCCAAGCCCAACUGUCGCAUCAGCACACACGGGAAGACGCAUUCUCUCAUAUUAAACAGAGUGGCUUUGGCUGACAUGGGCUUGAUCUCUUUCCAGGCCAACGACAUUCAGUCCUCCGGUAGACUCACUGUUAGAGCGAGAGACAUCCACAUUAUCAAGGAACUAGAGGAUGUUGAUACAAUUGAGCGCCAGUCCGUUGGCUUCCUGUGUGAAGUAAACCAAGUAGAUGUAGACGGUCGGUGGUACAGAGAUGACUGUAGGAUCCGACCCGGAGACAACAUUAAAAUUAGGCAUCAGGGUAAAACUCACACGCUCUCUUUUAAGUCAGUCAGGCCAGAGCACGCUGGAGAAAUCAGAUUCACAGCAGAGCGUGUCUCAUCUUAUGCAACUCUUACAGUAAAAGAGCUGCCAGCCCAAAUAGUCCGUCCCCUGAGAGUCAAGAUUGCCAUGUAUCACCACAGAGGACUCCUGGAGUGCCAGGUUUCUCGGGCCAACGCUCAAGUCAAGUGGUACAAGAACAAGAAGGAGCUUGUGUCGAGCAAAAAGUACCAAAUUGUCAGCCAAGACGUCUACAGGCAGCUCACCAUUGAUGACGUCUGCUCCUCAGACGAAGACACCUACACCUGUGACACAGGAGACGACAAAACCUGUUGUCAGCUUCUAGUUGAGGAGCAGGCUAUGAGCAUUGUUCAGGGCAUGAGCUCAGUGGAAGUGACCGAACCAGAGCCAGCACUCUUCCAAGUGGAGACCAGCCUGAAAUCAGGGAGGCCGCCCAGAUGGACCCUCAAUGGAAAAGUGUUGGAGCCCAGUGAAGAGGUGGAUAUCUACAGGAAGGGUACCAUCCACAGCCUCUGCCUCACCUCGACAGACAGCUCCAUGUCAGGGCCUGUGGUUUUUGUCGCUGGCAAGAGCCGUUCCUCUGCUGAGCUCACAGUAAAAGAGCGACCCCUCCAAGUUGUUCGCAAUUUGGAAGAUGUAGAAGCCAAGGAGAACAGCUCUGUCACCCUGAGCUGUGAGUUUGCCCCCUCCCCCAGGGUGGUGAGGUGGCUUAAAGGUCGUACCACUCUGAAGACUUCCAACAAGUACAGAAUGAGGAGAGAUAGGAGACGUGCAGAGCUGACAAUCCAUGGCUUGGUAGGGAUGGAUACUGGGCAAUAUCGCUGCACAGCAGGCGGUUCAGAAAGCACCGCACAUGUUAAAGUGGAAGUGCGAACAUUGAAGCUGAUGAAACACCUUGAACCAUUGGAACUUGAAGAGGACGCUGUCGCCAAUUUCACUUGUGAGCUCAACUAUGUGGUUGCCAACGUAGAGUGGCUCCUCAACAAUGUCCGCCUCUAUUCCAAUGCCAUGAACAGAAUCCAGCACAUGGGUACUAUGCAUACCCUCACUAUUAAGAAAGUGAGACCCCAGCAAAGCAGGGUCACCUUUAAAGCUGGCCUUCUUUCAGAGACAACAACUUUAAAGGUCAAAGAGCGCCCUGCGGUCUUCCUAAGACCUCUGGAGGACGCAGUUGGGGAAGAGCAAGGUGAGGUCUGCCUACAAUGUGAAAUUUCCAAAGAGUGUGUGAUUCCAGUCUGGAGGAAGGAUGGGAUUGUCCUGACACCUGAUGAAAAACACGAGCUAUGCCAGUAUGGGAGAUCCAUGGCACUGAUUGUUCAUUGCUUGAGCAAAGAUGAUGCUGGACAAUACACCUGUGAUCUGGGAACCAGUCAGACCAAGGCUAAAGUUUCCGUACAUGAUUUACAUAUCACUAUUGUCCAGCGCUUGAAAACCACAUCUGUGCUAGAGGGUGAAAGCUGCACUUUUGAAUGUCACCUCUCUCAUAAUCUUAGUGAUGAGCCUUUCUGGACUAUCAAUGGUCAAGAGGUUGUCUCCAACAGUCACUUCCAGGUCGUCAACAAUGGUCGCAAGUACAAGUUGAGCAUUAAAGAUGUGGUUUUGUCAGAUGCUGGAGAAGUGAUAUUUACAGUUAAAGAUUUAAGCUGUAGGACCAUGCUUUUUGUCAAAGAGAGGCCAGUACACAUUUUUAGGGAUUUGUUGAAUGCCAAGACUGUGCCAGGUGAAGAUGCGGAGCUCAGUUGUGAACUCACCAAACCAUUGGUCACCAUCCACUGGCUGAAAAACGGCCAUCUAAUCAGGCAGAGUCACAAAUACAGGAUGAGUGUGGAAAAUAACCUUGCAAGGUUGAUUAUCAAGAACACCACGAUCAGAGAUUCAGGAGAAUACUGCUGUCACGCCGAUGGUGUGGCCUCUCGUGCCAAGCUAGAAGUCAGAGAACUGCAGCACUCAUUUGCAAGGGAGUUAAAGGACACCCAAGCAGAAGAAAAGGGUAAAAUAACUCUGGAGUGCGAGACUCGACAGCCAGCCAAGCGAGUGACCUGGCUGAAGGGCAUGAUGGGGCUCAGGUCUAGUAGGAAGUAUAUCAUGAGGCAAAAGGGUGUGGUACUGUCACUCACCAUCACUUAUCUUGAGAAGUUGGACUCAGAUAUCUACACAUGUGAUGUUGGGACCAUGCAGAGCCAUGCACAGCUGACUGUGCAGGGCCAGAGGGUGGUGAUCCUGGAUGAACUGGAGGACAUCGAGUGCCUUGAAGGCGACACAGUCACAUUCAAGUGUCAAAUCUGUCCCAGUGAUUACACGGGGGUGAAGUGGUACCUGGACGAGACUCUGCUUUACAAUAAUGAGCUCAAUGAGAUCCAGAUGCUUGUGGGAGGCUACCACACAUUGACAUUUAAACAGCUUGCGCGCAAAGACACUGGAACCAUCUCAUUUGCAGCUGGUGACAAACGAUCAUAUGCGUCACUUUUGGUUAGAGAGAGACGUCCAACCAUUUGUAAAGCGCUUGAGGACUGUGAGGCUAUUGAAGGAGGAGGUCUAGUUUUGUACUGUGUGACCUCAAAACCGUGUCACGUCUUGUGGUACAAAGAUUGUUGCCUGAUGUGGAACUCCUCAAGGUAUUUCGCAAGUCUUUCGGGAUGUGAGGCUCGGCUGGCAAUUCGGGAGGUCUGCCAAAGUGAUGCUGGAGUGUAUGAGUGCAGUGCUGGAUCUGUUACAACAAAGGCUGUUGUAACCGUAAAAGCUAUUCCGGCUGAGUUUACUAAGCCUCUACAAAACAUAGAGUCCCGCGAAGGUGAGACUGCGACCCUGACAUGUGAGUACUCUCUCCCGGGUGUCCAAUUCCACUGGAGAAAAGGCAGAGAGAACCUCAGGCCUGGAGACAAGUAUGUGAUGAAACAGAGACGGACCAUCAAUUCACUCAUAAUCCAAGCACUAAAGCCAGAGGAUGCAGGAGAGUACACCUGUCAGUGCAGAGACCACUGCAGUACUGCAAGGCUCACAGUACAAGCUAUUCCCAUUACAUUCAUCCAGCAGCUGAAGAACAUGGAUGCAGAGGAAGGGAGCAACGUCAUCUUGCGUUGUGAACUCUCCAAAUCUGGAAUACCAAUUGAAUGGAUGAGAGGGCAAGAUGUGUUGAAGAAUGGAGUGAAAUACCAGAUGAGAAGGUGGGAGACAACCCUGGAGCUUUUGAUAUGGAAAUCCGUUCCUGAGGACAGUGGGUUCUACAAGUGUUUGUGUGCUGAUCAAGUCACAUCGGCCACUGUCAAAAUCAAAGCUCUGCCACUCACCUUCAAACAGAAACUGCGUAACAUGACCUUCGAGGAGGGCAGCACGGCAACUUUACGUUGUGAGCUUUCCAAAGCAUCUCUCUCUGUGGAGUGGAGGAAGAGUGAGGAAGAGCUCAUUAAGAAUGGUGACAAAUAUCACAUUCGCCAGAGGGACACACUCAAUGAACUGAGUAUCCGGAAUGUGACGCCAGAGGACAGUGACAUUUACACGUGCAGUUGCGGGAGCAUAGAGACCACAGCUACUCUCACUGUCAAUGCACUCCCAAUCACAUUCAGGCAAAAGCUCAAGAACCUUCAGGUGGAGGAAGGAUACAACAUCACGCUAUCUUGUGAGAUCUCUAAGCCUGGCAUCGCUGUGGAGUGGAGGCUGGCCGGUGAGAUGCUAGAAGAUGGUGAGAAGUACCAGAUGAAGCAGAGAGGCACUAUGCUGGAGCUGACCAUCAGAGAUGCUCUACCACAGGACAGUGGCAUCUAUACCUGUGUCUGCAGAGACCAGAAGACAAAGGCCACUGUUAAAGUCAUUGCUGUGCCCGUCACAUUUAAGGGGAGUCUGAAAAGCCAGGAGGCAGAAGAGGGCAAUAGUGUGACACUGCGCUGCGAAGUGUCAAAGACUGAUGCCCUGUUAGAGUGGCAGAAAGAUGGACAGGUGCUGCCCGAGGAGAUGUCUGGAAGAAAAUAUCAGAUAAAGCUGGAAGGCAGGAUAGCUGAGUUGACCAUUGUCAAUGUUCAAGUGGAAGAUGCGGGGAGGUACAGCUGCAUGACAGGAGAUGAGAAAACUAGUGCCGAACUCAAAGUGAUACCUCUUCCUGUCACAUUCAAACGUAAGAUCCAGAAUUUGGAGGUGAAGGAAGGUGACAGUGGAUUUUUCUGCUGUGAGCUCUCCAAACCUGGAGCUCCAGUGGAGUGGAGGAGAGGUCGAGUGCUUCUGAGGAGUGGAGGGAAGUAUGAGAUGAAGCAGGAAGGGCCAUACACGAAGUUGAUCAUCAACAAUGUGGAAGAUAGCGACGCUGGGAAAUACUUUUGCAAGACCAAGGACAGCGAGUCAACUGCCGAGCUGUCGGUGCAAGGUUUACCACCACAUUUCACACUCAUGCUUGCCAACCAGGAGGUUAUUGAGGGGAACAGUGUGUUUCUGCGCUGUGAACUCAACAAACCUGCCCACUCUGUGGAGUGGAGGAGAGGAGGGCAGGUGUUGAGACAAGGAAACAAGUACCAGAUGAGGAAGAAGGAUUUGCAGCUGGAGAUGACUAUUGGGGAAGUCACUCUCAAUGAUGCUGGUGAUUACACUUGCAUUUGUGGUGAAGAAAAUACUACAGCUCGCCUCUCAGUGAAUGAACGACCAGUCAAAUUUCUGCGUGAACUGUGUAAUGCUGAAGUGCAGGAAGGCAACGGAGUACUGCUUUGCUGCCAGCUUUCCAAAGCAGAGCUCACUGCUCAGUGGAUGAAGGGAGAUGAAGUGUUGACCGAUGGUGACAAGUAUCAGCUCAAGCAGAGAGGCUCCACAAUGGAGCUGCUCAUCAGAAAGAGUCAGCCUGAAGACAGUGGUGUUUACAGCUGCAUUUGCCAAGACGUUAAAAGUACUGCCACAGUUAUAAUCACUGCAAUUCCAGUGACAUUCAAGCAAAAGUUGAAGAACCAAGAAACAGUGGAGGAGAGCAGUGUGACGCUCCACUGUGAACUCUCCAAACCAGUAAUCCCAGUUGAGUGGAGAAAGGAUGAUCAGCUCCUGAGCGAGGGAGCCAAAUACCAAAUGAAGCAAGAGGGCAGAUUGUGUGAAGUGCUGAUCAAAAAUCUAACGCUCAAGGAUGCUGGCGAAUACAGCUGCUCUGUUGGUACAGUUGUGACUUCAGCGGAUAUCAAAGUAAGAGCCCUUCCCAUUACAUUCAAGCAAGAACUUCAGAAUUUAGAAGUGAAAGAAGGUGCCAGUGGCGUGUUCUGCUGUGAGUUGUCCAAACCUGGAGCUCCGGUGGACUGGAGGAAAGGACGAGUGAUCCUGAAGCCCGGUUACAAAUACGAAAUGAAACAGGAUGGAAAUUUCACCAAACUGUUUGUCAACAAUGCAGAAGAGAGUGAUGCAGGGAAGUACACUUGUAAGACUACAGACAGCCAAUCCACUGCUGAGCUCACAGUAAAAGCACCCCCCAUCACAUUCAAAACAAAGUUAAAGAACCUGCAAGUGGAAGAGGAAAACAAUAUAACGUUGACAUGUGAAUUGUCCAAGCCUGGCCUUUCUGUUGAAUGGAGAAAAGGGCAGGAGCUUCUGAAAAACAAUUUCAAGUAUCAGCUAAGAAAUCGAAACAACAUGCUGGAGCUGACCAUCAAAAACACUCAGCUGGAGGACAGUGGCAUCUACAGCUGUGUAUAUGGCGAUGCUAAGACUGCAGCCAACAUCACAGUCACGCCUAUCCCCUUCACCUUUAAGAUGGGUCUAAAGAACCAGGAGGCCGCUGAGGGAGGUAACGUGACCUUGCGAUGUGAACUGUCCAGGACUGGGGUAUCUGUACAGUGGUGGAAGGGAGAAGACCAGCUUUAUCAAGGUGGGAGGUAUCACAUGACUCUCAAGGAGAACAUAGCUGAGAUGAGCAUCAGAAACAUCCAGCCAGAGGAUGUUGGGGAGUACAGUUGUAUUUUUGGCGAGCAGAAGACGACAGCUGAAGUAAACGUGAGAGCGGCGGCAUCAGUGUUCUUUGAAAAGGAACUGGACAGCCAAGCGGUGAUGGAGGGCAAAUCUGUGCUGUUGUCCUGUGAGGUUUCCAGUAUGAAUGUUCCUGUCACUUGGAAGAAGGACAAUGUGGUAAUUGAAGAAGGGCGACGCUUAACUAUAACAAAAAAAGGAGCUAUGCAUAUGCUUGAGAUCAAGCAAUUGCACCUGGAGGAUUCAGGUGAAUACUGUUGCAUCACUAGGGGCAAGAAGACCACCGCCAAGUUGAUUGUGAGGGAGCGAGUGAAGAUUGUUACAGAGCUUAAAGACGUUACUGUGGCUGCGGGGGAGGACGCUGUGUUUGUGUGCGAGCUUAGUCACGCCAAUGUGAAUGAGGGUGUGUGGUGGCUGGGGUCCAGUCCACUGCAGAAGAAUGAAAUGAACCAGAUGACAUGUCGGGGUCGCCAACACCGACUUGUCCUCACUAUGACAACACCUGAGGAGACGGGUAUCGUGGCAUUUGUGGUCGGAGAAGAAAGGACUGUGGCGAGUCUUUUAGUGGUGCCAAAGCCCAAAGUUUUAUUUGAGGAGGAGCCUCAAGAUGUUCUAGUUUUGGAAGGAGAGAUUGCUACUUUGUCCUGCACAAUCAGUGACCUCACAACCACUGUUACCUGGAGGCGCAACCAUAUUCCUCUCAGAAACUGUGAUAAAUUUGAGAUACGCAAGGAAGGAAAAGUGAAUUUACUGCUCAUCCAUGCUGUUGAUCCCCUUGAUGCUGGGGUUUACUCCUGUGAUACAGGCGAUGCACAGGCCAGUGCCAAGCUUAGUGUGAAAGCGCUCCCACCAUUUUUCCAGGAAGAGUUGCAAAGUGUUGUGACUGAAGAGGGAAGCUCGGCCAUCCUUUACUGUGAGCUGUCCAAACUCGGGCUGCCGAUACACUGGAUGAAGAACAGGUUGCCACUGAGCUCUGGCAGGAAGUACGAGAUGAAGCAAGAUGGUUGCUUCCUCCAGCUACUCAUUAAGGAGCUUAAACUUGAGGACAGUGGCAGCUACACAUGUCAAGCAGGAAAUGCAGAAACUACUGCAACUGUUACAGUCAAAGAGCUACCUUCAUUCUUCAAGAAAGAUUUACAAAAUGUGUCAAUGGAAGAGGGGGCCUCAGUUUCCUUGAGCUUUGAGCUAUCCAAACCUGGAGUGCCAGUGGAAUGGAAGAAGAAUGGACUGCCUUUGAGAGCCAACAGGAAGUAUGAGAUGAAACAAGAUGGCUGCCUCCUCCAGCUUAACAUUGUGGGUCUCAAACCUGAAGACAGUGGAAGAUAUUCAUGUUAUGCAGGAAGUGUAGAAUCAACUGCUAUUUUGACAGUGAAAGAAUUCCCACCAUUUUUCAAAGAAAACUUAAAGAAUGUAAUGGCUGAGGAGGGCAGUGUUGCCUCCCUGUGCUGUAAGGUAUCAAAGACAGAUACUUUAAUACAAUGGAAGAAGAACAAGGUGCCAUUAAGAGUUGGUAGCAAAUAUGAGAUGAAGCAGGAUGGCUACAUCUGCCAGCUCAAAAUCAAGGAGCUGAAACCUGAAGACCAUGGAAGUUACACAUGUCAAGCGGGAAGUGCAGAGACUACUGCAACUGUGUCAGUAAAAGAGUUGGCACCAUUCUUUCUUACAAAUUUACAAAGUAUUGAGGUGGAGGAGGAAGGUUCAAUCACCCUGUCCUGUGAGUUAUCCAAACCUGGAGCACCAGUGCAAUGGAUGAAGAACAGGCUGCCUCUGAGGGCCAAUAGAAAGUAUGAGAUGAAACAAGAGGGCUGCCUCCUUCAGAUCACUAUCAGUAAUCUCAAACCUGAGGACAGUGGCAGCUACACAUGUGAAGUUGGAAGUGCAGAGACAACUGCAACUGUUUCUGUAAGAGAGCUCCCAUUAUUCUUCAAAGAAAAAUUGGAAAGUCUGGAGACAGAGGAGGGAGGUUCAGUUUCCCUGCACUGUGAGCUGUCCAAACCUGGAGUACCAGUGCGAUGGGAAAAGAACAGAUUACCUCUGAAGGCCAAUAGGAAGUUUGAGAUGAAACAAGAUGGCUCCCUCCUGCUGCUCACCAUCAGUGAUCUCAAGCCUGAUGAUAGUGGUCGUUACACAUGUCAAGCAGGCAGUGCAGAGACCGUUGCAACUGUGGCUGUAAGAGAGCGCCCAGUUUCUUUCAGAGCUGACUUGCAAAGUUUGGAGGCAGAGGAAGGCGAUACAGCCAUCCUGUGCUGUGAACUGUCUAAACCUGGAGUGGCAGUGCAAUGGAAAAAGAACAGACUGCCUCUGAGGGACAACAGGAAGUAUGAAAUGAAACAAGAUGGCUGCCUUAUCCAACUCAUCAUCAAUGACCUCAGCCAAGAGGACAGCGGAAGCUACACAUGUCAUGCACAACGUGCAGAAACGUCUGCAACUGUAGCUGUGAGAGAGGUUCCAAUAUUCUUCAAAAACAAAUUAGAAAGUCUGGAGAUAGAAGAGGGAGGUAAAAUCUCCCUUUGUUGUGAACUGUCUAAACCUGGAGUGCCUGUGCAAUGGAAGAAAAACCAGCUGCCUCUGAGGGCCAACAGGAAGUACGAGAUAAAACAGGAUGGCUGCUUCCUGCAACUCAACAUUAAGGACCUCAAACUUGAAGAUAGUGGGACUUACUCGUGUCUAGCUGGAAGUGCAGAGACUGUGGCAACUUUAUCAGUAAAAGAGCUCCCUCCGUUGUUUGUGACAAAGCUACAAAAUGUAGAGGUAGAUGAGGGAGGUUCAACUUCUUUGUGCUGUGAGCUGUCUAAAUCUGGAGUGCCAGUGCAAUGGAAGAAAAACGGGCUGCAUUUGAGGGCCAAUAAGAAGUAUGAGAUGAAACAAGAUGGCUGUCUUCUCCAACUCAACAUCAGGGACCUCAAACUUGAGGACAGUGGUAGUUACUUGUGUCAAGCAGGGGGUGCAGAGACUGCAGCAACUCUGUCAGUAAAAGAACUCCCGCCAUUGUUUGUAACAGAGCUACAAAAUAUAGCGAUAGAUGAGGGAGGUUCAACUUCUCUCUGUUGUAAACUGUCUAAAUCUGGAGUGCCAGUGCAAUGGAAGAAAAACCGGUUGCCUCUGAGGGCCAACAGGAAGUAUGAGAUAAAACGAUACGGCUGUCUUCUCCAACUCAACAUCAGGGACCUCGAACUUGAGGACAGUGGUAGUUAUUCGUGUCAAGCUGGAAGUGCAGAGACUGUCGCAACUUUGUCAGUCAAAGAGCUCCCUCCAUUGUUUGUGACAGACCUACAAAAUAUAGAGGUAGAUGAGGGAGGGUCAACUUCUCUGCGCUGUGAGCUGUCUAAACUUGGAGUGCCAGUGCAGUGGAUGAGGAAUAGGCUGCCUCUGAGGGCCAAUGCAAAGUAUGAGAUGAAGCAAGAUGGCUGCCUCCAGCAACUCAACAUCAAGGACCUUAAACCUGAGGACAGUGGUAGCUACACAUGUCAAGCAGAAGGUGCAGAAACCAUAGCAACUGUUUCUGUCAAAAACCUCCUUCCACUGUUCAAGAAAAAGCUACAAAAUAUAGACGCAGAGGAAGGAGCUACAGCUGUCCUGUCUUGCGAGUUGUCGAAACCCGCAGUGUCAGUGCAGUGGAAGAAGGGCGCAUUGCCGAUAAAAGCCAGCAGGAAAUAUGAAAUGACACAAGAUGGCUGUCUUCUCCAGCUUCACAUAAAGGAGCUCCAUCGUGAAGACAGUGGUAGCUAUACAUGCCAAGUAGGAAAUACAGAGACCACUGUAACUGUGUCUGUAAAAGAACUGCCUUGCUUUUUCAAGAAAGAAUUACAAAACACAGAAACUGAGGAAGGCAGUACAGUCAUCUUGUGCUGUGAACUGUCCACACUUGGAGUGUCAGUACAGUGGAAAAAGAACAGAAUACCACUGAGAGCAAAUACGAAGUAUGAAAUGAAGCAGGAGGGCAGUUUGCUGCAACUUCACAUUAAGGAACUAAAUCUUGAAGACUGUGGAAGUUACUCAUGUCGAGCAGAAAGUGCAGAGACUACUGCAAUGGUAUCUCUAAAAGCACCUAAGACUACAUUAGCAAAGGAAGACCCCCUCAUGAUACUCAUGCAAACACAGAGUACCAUUUCCAAAUACGACAAUGUGAAUCAACCUGAUUCUCAUCUAGUUCUUCCUGAACCUAAGAAGAGGACAAUGCGAAAAGCAUUAAUCACAGCUUUAGAACAAGAUGUAAAGCCUCUGCUUAACAUAAAACAGCCUGUCCAGUCCUUGCAAAGAGAAACUAAAGACCAAAAAGAGCUCAAGCCUGAAAAACCUAUAGAGACAGGUUUUGACAAUGCUCAUGAUUUAAUGCUGUUAGAAGAUAACAUGGACAAUGAGUUAAAAGUUUACAAAAGACCAACAAUGUUAAUUGAGAAGGAGCACGGUAUUGAAAAAGUUGACAUGGAGAUGACACAACCAGCAAAGCGACAAACUGAGGCAGAGCUAAGUCACCCAGGCAGGAUUCAUGGAGACAAGAGUCGUGCUGAACAGAACCAACUUUUUAAAUCUUUGGAAACUGAUCCAAAGCAAAAAGUGAAAGAAAGUGAAAAAGACAGAGAAGUUAAACAAAUAGAUGACCAUCCAGAGACAGCACUGUGGAAAAGAGUUGAGGAGGAAACAAAUGUCAUAAAACCAUUAAUAUCGUCCACUGGAAACAAAGUAACAAUGGAACAAGAACCAAAGUCAACUAUUGAAGUAGGGAAGCCAGAAGAUGAUGUAAAACCACUUAUGAGGUCAAAAGGAAAAGAAGUAGGAGGAAUAGAGCCCACUGAAUGUGUUAGAAAAGAAACUGAGGAGCUCAUCUUACGGUCAUUACACUCUACGGUCAAUGAUUAUAAGGAAGGGGAUAAACAGAAGAAAGAUGUGAAACAACUUUUGACCACGCAGAGGAUAGAGGAGCCACUGACACAAGUGCCAUCUGUAAAUCAGCUGGAGACCCAUUCAGUAAAAAGAAAAGAGCUGCCUCAAAGUAUAAAGAUUGAAAUAAUUCCUCCAAAGCCAGCUGUGAGGUCAAAAUCCAAAACAAAGACAGGAAUGGAAAAACAACUGUCAAGAGACACCGAGACAGAUCAAGAUGAGCAAAUGGUGACACCAUCUAGAGAUCCGCUACUAAAACAGACAACGUGGUCUUUGAAAGAAGAGGAACCAAGGCUUGAGCAAAACCAGUCAAUACCAGCAGACGCUGAUCAGGUUGUCCCCAAACAGGUGAUCAAACAUCCAGUAAAACCCAUGAGAAAAGAACCUGAAGUGGAGAAAAAUAUAGCUGCUGGAUCAAUCGGAAGCAAUAAUGAAGACCAAGAAGUACAAAUGAUAGAAGACAUACCUCUCCUAUACAUCUCUGAAGAUGAAACGUUCUCUGAAGCUUUGACCGAGAUCCCACCCAACCAUAGUAUAAUCAAACCUGGUGACAUUCUUGAUGAAGUAUCAACUCAACCCUCCACCCCACCUACCCUUCUGAUUCUCCAUAAGAUAGUUCAAGAUCCUUCACCACUGAUUCACGUAAGUGCUGGAGAUGAAACACAAAUGCAAGAGUCUACUGCCAAUAUUCACACUCCCUUCAAAAGCUAUGAAAAUGAAAAAGAUAUGCAGCCAGUCUUGAAAGAGGUCUUUAAGAAUCAGUGUGCAGAUAUUGAUGGUACCAUCAGUUUAGUGUGUGCUGUAGAAGGACAGUAUAACAGUGUGGACUGGCUUAAAGACGGUCAACCAAUCAGUAGUGAUCGCCGACAUUGUAUUGAGGCAACAGAGGGUGGCCUGUGCUCUCUUGUAAUCACCGAGUUGACCCCAAGUGACAGUGGAAUCUACACAUGUGAGGUGGUCAGUCAAUUUGGAGUUACCUCCUACAAUGGAAAUUUAACAGUGGUUCUGCCCCAAAAUCCUGCUCAGGUACUCAACAGGCCUGUGCAACCACCGCUUGCUGCAAUUACUCCAUUGCAGUUGGCUCCACCGAGGCCUGAGGAAAAAACACAAAUUCAAUAUCAGGUCCCAACUUCAGGAACUGAUAAUUAUGUGGAGAAUGUGGAUGUCUCUUUGUGGGAGGCCUACAAACUAACAGAACAGCACGUUCAGAGGAGUCUACAAGAGAGAAGGACAUCGUCUCUCAUUGCCACCAGCUCCAUGUCAAGUCCAUCAGAUUAUGACACUGCACCAGAUGUGAUGGAAGCUAUAGAAUUUGAGACACCUCGACCAAGGGGGGUUGCUGAAGCAAUUGACCAAAUGCCUCCAAAUGACUUUGAUCAACACUUCCCUGAUCCCUGCCUUCAGAAGAAUUUAUUGAAAGUCAAAGGUACCCAAGAAGGCCAAAUGAGGACACCCUCUCCUAAACACCUUCGGGCCCACACGCCUUUAGCCAGCACUGUCUCUGGAACAGAAUCUGAAGUGGAAGAAGAUCAGUGCGAGACAUUUGAAAUGUAUGUGGCUCGAGCAGACUGCAAUCCCAACAGUGGAAGCAAAGACAGUUUUUUACUGAAGGAGGGUCAGUAUGUAGAACUUCUAGACUCUGUCCAUCCAGAUAAAUGGCUUGUGAGAACCAAACCCACCAAAACCAACCCUGCUCGACAGGGGUGGGUGUGUCCAGCCUAUCUGGAAAAGAAGAGAAAGGAAGCCUUCACACAAUUACGGGUACCUCAAGAGGAUCUUGAUGGCAUUGGUUCCACAGGAGAAGAGUAUAGGAGGGCUUUAAGUCAACUGAUCCAAGGGCUGAUGGAUGGCGAAGAGGAGUUUGUGAAAGAGAUGAGGAUGUUUAUUUCUCAUCCACUAAAUUACUUGGACUCAAGUUGCCAUAUCCCUAUCAAUAUCCUCAACCAAAAAAAUAUUAUUUUCAGAAAUAUAAAGGACAUUGUCCUUCUUCAUGAGAAGUCAAUUCUCCCCGGGUUGAGGGGGUGUACUACAGAUGAUGAUGUUGCCAUGCAUCUGAUCCAUUACUUUGAGGACCUUGAAAAGUAUGUUGACUACUUGCUGGGGCAACCACAAGCAGAGGCCUGCAUUGCUGAUAAAGGCACCCAACAAUAUCUCAAAGAGUUACCAGGGACUGGUAGACCCGAGGCUCCUGUUAUAGAUACCCUGACCUUCCUCCGAAGACCAGUUGAAAGGAUUCAGACAUAUCAAGCUUUGCUGAAGGAGUUAAUCAAGAACAAGGCCAAAAGUGGCCAGAGUUGUUGUCUGUUGGAGGACGCCUUCUCCUUUGUGUCGUGUUUACCUUGGAGGGCUGACAACCUGCACCAGGUCUCCCUCAUUGAGAACUACCCCGCCCCUUUGACUGCCCUAGGCGAGCCUGUGCGGCAGGGAACCUUCACAGUGUGGGAUGAAACGCCAGAAACCAAAAAAACCGCUAGAGGGCACCAGAGACAAGUCUUUCUAUUCAAAGAAUGCAUUGUCCUAUGCAAACUGAAAAGAGAUGCCAGUAAGAAUUGUGACACUUACACCUUCAAGAAUAAAAUGAAGCUGAAUGAUGUCGAGCUAAAGGAAACGCUGGGAGGUGAUGAGAAGACUUGGGAGCUGUGGCAUGAGCACAGGGGCUCGGUGCGGAGGUAUGUCCUGCAAGGCCGCUCCCCACUGGUAAAACUUUCUUGGCUCAAGGACCUGAAAGAGCUGCAGCAACGAUCCCUCCUGCCCUCUAAGAACCCCCCUGUGUUUAAAUCACCACUGUCGGACUGUACAACGAAGAUCGGACAUACCAUCAAAAUGAGCUGCAAGGUUGCAGGGUUUCCUCAGCCAGCAAUUACUUGGCUCAAAGACGGCCUCGUGUUGGAGGAUGAUCCUCGGCACAUCAUCACCGCAGACGGGUCAGGUACGUGCAGUCUGAUCUUGGACAGCUUGACUGCAGAAGACUCUGGACAAUAUGUGUGUUACGCUACCAGCAGCAUGGGCAGCGCUGGCACUCUGGCUACGGUUGUAGUGCAGGCACCACCAAGAUUUGUCAGUCGGCUGGAAAGUACUUGUCUGAUAGAGAAUGAGGACAUUCUGUUUACUUGCUCUACUCUCACAACACCUUUGCCCAGAAUAAGGUGGAUGAAGGACUGCAAAGAGUUGACAGACAAGCAAAAAUACUCAGUCGCGAACGACCCUCGAAGUGGAAUCCUGUCUCUUACAGUCAUCAGCGCAACAGAUGCAGACAUUGGACUGUAUGAGUGUGAGCUUUCAAACGAGUUUGGUUGUGUCAAGUGCAAGGCCGGACUGUGCCCCUCCUACGUUGCCCCGGAUGACUCCAGGAGUGCUCAGAUGAAUGACUUGCCUCCUAAAGAUCCAGACUCGGAAGGUUGGUCCUCUGACUUUGUGAAGAAAUGGCUCCAAACAGAUUUCACUCCCUCUUCUAUUGCAAAGACGUUUUUUCCACCCGUUCAUGAACAUCCUGCAGAAGUUGUUGACUCAGCAUCCAUUGCUCAGCCAGCACAGCAGCAGCCUCUGUGUUUCUUGGAGCAGGAGGAAGAACUCUACAUCUCAGAGCAAAUGCAGGAAAUUACAGACGUUCCUCCUUUCAUUCAAGUACCCCCUGAAGACGUGUGCGUCGAACCAGGACAACCGGCAACAUUUAGCGCCAUCAUCACAGGAAGGCCAAUGCCACAGAUCCAGUGGUACAAGGACGGAGAAGAACUUCAAACCGGUGAAAAUGUGGAGAUAGUUCAGCGUGGCGCCCGCUGCUAUGUGACCAUCGUACGCCCGGAAUGUGAAGACAGCGGUAUUUACACCUGCGUCUCCUACAACAACUCUGGCCAUGUGUCGUGUCAGGCUCUGCUCACAGUCGAGGAAGGUCCACUGGGGUCUCAUGAAAGAGAGCUGGAGUUGGGGAAGAGAAGAAAGCUAUUUGCCGUCUACGAUGUCGGUGAAGAAAUUGGAAGGGGAACAUUUGGUGUGGUGAAGCGUGUUGUUCACAGAGGGACAGGUGAAGUCUUUGCUGCCAAAUUCUUACCUCUCCGAAGCAACACCCGAACUCGGGCCUUCCAGGAGAGAGACUUGCUCUCACGUCUGGCUCAUCCCAGGGUGGCUUGUCUGCUGGAUUUCUUUUGCACCCGGCGUACACUGGUGCUCAUUACAGAAAUGUGCAGUUCUCACUGCCUUGUAGACCAUUUGUUACUCCGAGGAUUAGUGUCAGAGAAAGAGGUUCAGUCAUAUAUCCAGCAAAUUCUUGAAGGAGUCGGACACAUUCACAGCAUGAACAUUAUGCAUCUGGACAUCAAACCAGAGAAUAUCCUCAUGGUAUAUCCACCGAGAGAUGAACUCAAGAUCUGUGACUUUGGGUUCUGCCAGGAAGUAGACACAUCCAGACAUCAGUACAGUAUGUUUGGUACACCAGAGUUUGUUGCACCGGAAGUUGUCCACCAAGAACCUGUCAGUGUGGGAACAGAUAUUUGGGCAGUGGGUGUGAUGGCAUAUCUAUGUCUGUUAUGUCGUUGCCCAUUUGUGGGAGAGACCGACCGUGCGACACUCCUGAGAGUGGGAGAAGGUACUCUAAACUGGGAUGCCCCUGACGUCAUGAGUAGAAGUCCUGAGGCCCAGGCCUUUCUCCGCAGACUUCUUCAACCAGAACCCGACAAGCGGCCUUCUGCUUUUGAGUGCUUGAGCCAUGAAUGGUUGCAGGAUGAACAUGCAGGGGAAGACACGGUUGAAAUUAACACAAAGGGUUUAAGGGUUUUCAUCUCAAAAAGAAAAUGGCAGCGGUCCUUGACUUGCGUUGGUUCCGUGCUUACGUUAAGGCAAAUUCCGGAGCUCCUGGAUGCUCCUCUCAGAGAUAGUGCCAUAACUGUACCCCGUGAACACCAGCAGAACAGCAGCACCUCCAUGAGCAGUGGUUCGUCAUCAGAGUAUGAUGAGGCUGACUCGUGGGACUUCUUCCAGUAUUGCAGCCCAACUGAGGAAGAGGAGGAGGAGGUUGAAACAGAGGAGGACUAUGACCUGUUGAGCGAGAGAGCACAGCUCCCAGAACCUUUUGUCAAACUUCAUCAAGCUCUAUAUGAGGAAGAAGGGACAUUUUGGGAGGAAGAAGAGGAUAGUGAGCUGGUUGGUCGGCAGAGCAUGUUAGAGCGGAGUGUGAGUAGGCAGUCCGUUGCAUCAUCAGAUAUUUCGUUCUUACAUACACCUCAAAAUGAACGAAGAUUCAACAAGGGCAGUAGUCCUUCUCUCAACCUUUCCGAUGGGGAUGAAGGUUCAGGAAGCGAUGCGGGUCGAAUCCCCCGAGGCAGUGUAAUUCGGAGCACAUUUUACAGCUCAUCUCACCAGCUUUCACCCAUGUCUGCCAGACACAUGACAUUACGGGACAAGUUUCAAGCCAAAAAGUAUGAAAGAGGUCGUAAGCCACUCCGGAGGAGCUUGUCAGGCCGCCUCAACGAACCUCUCAUAGAAUAUGUAGAGGAUGACACGGAGACCAACCGAAGCCAGAGACGGGGAUCUAUCCUGCCAGCAAUGGUCAAGUCCAUUUCCUUUGAUGGAAGUGUAACGCGCACACAAACCAACGCUCCAUCUCACAGAAGGAGCAGGUCUCUUGAUGAAUAUUCGCGGCGAUCCCCCAGUUCACCCAAGCCCUCAAAGGCAGGUGACGAAGAAGGUACACAAAGUCUGAAGGAGGAUUUCACAGACAAUGAAGUGGGAGGAAAGAAAUUGCCGGCGAUUCCAAGUCCUCAGAGACCCGCAAGAAGAAGGCGUUCCAUUGUUCCUUUGCAGGGAACUGCCACAUUGGCUGAUGCAUCUGCUCCCUUAAGUCUACUCAUGAGCCAGAGGAUAGAUCAGGAGCAAUCAGAUGUGGGCGCCUAUGCUGGAUCCCAGGGUUCCUUUGCAGAUUCAUCGAUUUUGGAGCAUGGGGGCUCUGAGUCCUCCAGCAGACUUGGUUCAUAUGAGGAAUACAGAGGGAGGUACAGAUCAGGAGAGAGUGAAGGGUAUGAUGACCCAGGGGAGCCUCUGACUUCAUCAUCCCCUCUCACAUUUCAAGAACUGAAACCCAAUGGCCGUUUUCCUCAAGUCCCACCACGCAAGCGCACACGUUCCAGCCCCAACGUAUGUCACAUGCAGACAUCAUCAACACCCAGUCCAAGUCCUAGCCUCUCCUCUCUCCACGCUCCUGAAAGGCCUCCCAGAGCCAAAGAUAACAAAGUAGCCCAUGGUCUUCAAAGACAUGCAUCGGCACCAGCUCUGGAAGUUCACCCACCCGCAGGAAAAUCCCCAAAGCUGGGACUCCUGAGUAUCUUCCGCAGGCAGUCUUGGGCUAGCCAUUCCUACUCCCAGCUGGACAGAAGAGAGUUAGAACCAACGCUAGGAGAGCUAAUGAAGCCAGAUACGCCUACUAUGUCGCUUAGAAAGAAAAUGAAAGCUUCAGCCUCAAGUUUGACCAGGCUCUUUUCAAGGUCAUCCAGUAAAGAGGAUCUAAGUAAAAGAGGGCCAAUUGUUAGGAGUUCCAUUCUGCCUGAAAAGGAGCAUGGGCUUGAGAGUCCAAAAAAGAGGAACUCCAAGCACUUGCCUUCUUUUAAGAUACCAGCAUUUAAGAAAUCAAAAGAUCUUCUCGUCCGUCCCAACAAGGCUGAUGUGCUGCAAUUGGAAGGAGGUGGAGUACUGCUGGUGUGGAAGCCUGUUCAGUCUACUGACCCCGUUACUUACUGUGUGCAGUAUUGUACAGAUGGUGGGGAGUGGACAGUCCUGUCGGACAAUGUGAGUGACAGCAGCUAUGUGGCUAAGGACCUACCCAGAGCAGCUGCUUAUGUCUUCAGGGUGGGUUGCAUCACCAAGACUGGAACGGGACCUUUCAGUGACGCUUCGGCCCCCGUAGUCAUGGCAACUCACCCUGAAGAUGCUAGCAUUCCUCUCAUCCAGACUGAGUGCCUUGGUUCAAAGCGGACUGGGUCAGAAAGUCAGGCAGCACAAAAGAAUUACAACUUCCUCUCAGAGAUCAACAGGGGUCGUUUUAGCGUGAUCAACCUAUGUCGCGAUGCUGAGACCAGCCAAGUGUUUGCCGCCAAGAUAACCCCUUUCCGGGCAGAGCAGAGACAGUUGGUCCUGAGGGAAUAUCAGCUGCUGAGGAGGCUUCACCAUGCCCACCUGGUACAGCUGCACACUGCCUAUCUCACCUCCUCCUACCUGGUGCUGGUGGAGGAGCUCUGUCCUGGCAAAGAGUUGCUCUACAGUCUAGCUGCAAGAGAUCUGUACUCGGAGGCUAAUGUGGCCGAGCUGCUGGGUCAGAUCCUGAGUGCAGUAGACUACCUUCACGGCCGGCGAGUCGUACACUUAGACCUCAAGUCUGACAACAUGAUGGUGGACGACGGCAACCACCUAAAGAUUGUGGACUUCGGCUCAGCUCAGUCUUUCACACCCGGUCAGCCUCUCCACACUGAGCACCUGCAGGCCCUGUCGGAGAGCAAAGAGCACCGCAGCAAAGUUUAUAUUGUCCUUCCUAAAGCUCCGGAAAUCCUGGAGGGCCAAGGUGUUGGGCCUGAGACCGAUGUUUGGGCCAUUGGAGUUCUCCUGUUUAUUAUGUUGAGUGCCGACAGCCCUUUUCAUGCAGAAGUGAGCUGGGAACAAGACAGAAACAUCAAGAAAGGGAAGAUCCAGUUUGGCCGCUGUUACCCUGGUCUAUCCGAAGGAGCGUUGAAUUUGAUGAAGUGUAGCCUGAAUAACAAAUCCUGGGGGAGACCCACUGCAGCAGAGUGUCUCCAGAAUCCUUGGCUGCGUGCUUAUCGCGCUUCGUUGCGAUCGGGCCACUCCAAGUUGUGUUUCUCGACUGAUAAACUCAAAGCAUACCUCACGCAGAAGGAGGAGAAGCGAGACCAAGUGCGCACAAAACUUCAGGGUCCCUUCUUCCAGUAGGGAGUCAGCAGAGAAGAGCAACGGAAGGGGACAGAACAGCUUGAAUGAAGUUUUUUCCAAAUCAACUGUCUGCCUUUGGAGCAUCCUUUGAGGAAAUUAUAAUGCGUCUUAAUAAGUCGUGUAUCCAUGUAUGUAGUGGUAAGAGUGAGUUUUUUUUGUUUUGGUUUUUCUUUUUGAGGGGGUUAAAAUGCAAACAUUUCAGGGAAAAUGUUCAGCGAGUGAGUGUGAAGUGAACUUGAUCAGGUUACUUCUUCGUGCAUGUCACAUUUUAAUUUAAAUAUCACACUGUUGAGCCCUUUCCCUUUUUUUUGUGUAAAUGAGAUUUUUAGUAGGUUGGUCGUUUCAGGAACACAAUUUAUUGUGUCAACCACCUGCUUAGAUUAGUUACCGGAUGACGGGUGAAAUAAAUUGAAUUAAAUUGA